AUGGCGACUGUGAUGCAGAAGAUCAAGGACAUCGAAGAUGAGAUGGCGAAGACUCAAAAGAACAAGGCUACUGCCCAUCAUCUUGGUUUGCUCAAGGCUAAGCUAGCAAAGCUCCGCAGAGAGCUACUUGAGCCUCCAUCCAAAGGAGGUGGUGGUGCUGGCCAAGGUUUUGAUGUGACUAAAAGUGGAGAUGCCAGAGUUGGUCUCGUGGGGUUUCCUUCCGUCGGGAAAUCUACCCUUCUAAACAAAUUAACUGGGACUUUUUCGGAGGUUGCUUCUUAUGAAUUUACUACUUUGACUUGCAUCCCUGGUGUUAUCGUGUAUAGAGGAGCGAAGAUUCAGUUGCUGGAUCUCCCUGGUAUUAUUGAGGGUGCUAAGGAUGGAAAGGGUCGAGGAAGACAGGUGAUAAGUACUGCCAGGACAUGCAAUUGUAUCAUAAUUGUUCUUGAUGCAAUCAAGCCAAUAACUCAUAAACGUCUUAUUGAAAAAGAGCUUGAAGGUUUUGGCAUAAGGUUAAACAAGGAGCCACCUAAUCUGACAUUCAGAAAGAAGGAUAAGGGUGGGAUUAAUUUCACAUCAACAGUUACCAACACACAUCUUGAUCUUGAAACCGUAAAGGCAAUAUGCAGCGAGUACCGAAUUCACAAUGCUGAUGUUACUUUGAGGUUUGAUGCAACGGCUGAUGAUCUGAUCGAUGUCAUUGAGUGCAGUAGGGUAUAUAUUCCAUGUGUCUAUGCCCUGAACAAAAUCGAUCAGAUCACUCUUGAGGAGCUCGAGAUUUUGGAUAAACUUCCUCACUAUUGCCCAAUCAGUGCUCACCUGGAAUGGAACCUUGAUGGGUUGCUGGAUAAGAUAUGGGAGUAUCUAGAUCUCACUCGCAUAUACACAAAGCCCAAAGGGAUGAACCCCGAUUAUGAAGACCCUGUGAUCCUCUCAUCAAAAAAGCGGACCGUGGAGGACUUUUGCAACCAGAUUCACAAGGAUAUGUCUAAACAGUUCAAGUAUGCAUUAGUAUGGGGAUCCAGCGCCAAGCACAAGCCACAAAGAGUUGGAAAGGAGCACGAGCUGGAGGAUGAAGACGUGGUGCAGAUUAUCAAGAAGGUGUGA